UGGCGUGCGUGUGUUGUUUUGCAAUUUUCCAGUGAUUUCGUGUCUCAUGAUUUUCGGGCUUUUCACGGGCUCUUCCCGCAUUCCUCACCAUGUCGGACAGUAGAAGCAAGGCUGAGAAGCUCGCCGAUGGGAAAAAGAAGCUCAAGAAGUUCCAGUCGAAGCAGAAGAAGCCAAAAACUGAGGACAUCGAGGGAUGUAUUGAGCAAGCGCCCGCAUCAGAGAAUGGAUCUGAGGACAGAGCUUCCCUGCCGGAGGUCGCGGCGGUUGCGGUGGAGGAAUUUGUGGUCGAGAAGGCGGUCGAGACGAUUCCUCUGCCUCCUCUGGCCAGACCGGAACAGCGAAAGACACCGCCUCACAGGGAGAGUCUGAAGGAUGAGCUGUUCUCCCUGCUGGACGGCGAGAAGGUGCGCAUCAUGCAGCUGGAGGGCAUUGUGAGAGAGCAAAUGAUAGUCAUUGAGUCGAUGAAGAAGGAGCUUCAGGACUUAAGAGCGUCUUCCGGACCCUCGGUGGAGGAGUUGACACAGCUCAGGGAUCAACUGCACUCCCACAUGCAGGCGCUGAACCUUCUGGUGAGUGAGAAGGCGGACUUGGUGAGCAGCUUGACCACCUAUCAGAACCUUGUGCGUGAGAGAGAUCAGGAAAUCGAGGAGUUGCAGGCGAAAUUGAGCGCCUCUCGUCAUCAAGUGCAGGACUUCAAGGUGGAAUCGUCACAUCUACGCGAGGCGCUGGCCAGAUUUGAGCACUCGCAGCAGAAUCUGUGCUCGGAGAACGAAACCGCGAGGGAGAAGAUGCAACAUCUUGCGGAGAAGUGUGACGAUCUGGCCGAGGAGGCGUCUCAGGCCGCCCAGAAGCUGAAUCUGAAGACCAGGGAGUAUGCAGAUUUGGUGGAGAUGCUGAAGGUGCGCGAUUCCGAGCUGGCUCUGGCGCAGCUACGCGUGGAGCAGCUGUCGGCGGGCGACACGGGAGCGGCGGACGCCAAGAUCGACGGCAUGGCGAAGCAGAGGAUGAUGCUGGAGCAGCAGGUGGGCGAAUUGUUGACACAAGUGGAGAAGAUAUCGACAGAUCGUGAUCAGGCGGCCACGCAAUAUCAGAACUACGUGACGCAACUCAACCGGGAGAGUGCGAAGCUGGUGCAGAAGCUGCAGGAGACGAGCCAGGAGAGGGAUCAGCUGUCCCGAAGGGAGGCGGAGUUGGUGAAGCACGUGGGUGAGCUCGAGAGGCAACUUCAAGCGCAAAUUGCGCAGCCACAGGCUCACAAUACUGCCCAAGAGAUCGCUCAAGGUGCUGAAAGUGAGAAGAAGUUGAGGCAAUUGGAGGAGGAUUUGCAGAGGAUUCAGCAAGAAGGGGAACAUCUCAAGGUCGUUUUGGAGAGCGCUGAGGAGGGAAAAGCCAAGGCUGAAGCGGCGCUGAAGGCAAAGCUGACCACAAUCUCUGAACUAGAGAUGAAGGUUGAGCGACUGGAGGUGUCAUUCGUGGAUCCGUCCACUCUCAGCGCCACGUUGGAGAGUGAGAAAGUGGCGGCAGCACGAGCUGUGUCCCAGAAUAUGGAGCUGAAGUCGCAGCUGGAGGAGAUGCAGACAGCUUACGUGCAGAUGACGCACGACAAAGCGUCGCUGAUGGAUCAGCUGCAGUCUGAACAGCAUCUGGGCCGCGAGAUGCGCUCCAAGCUCGAUGGCUGGGAGGAGGAAGUGGGCGGAUUGAGGGAGAAGCUCCACUUCAAGGACGAGGAGAUGAUGAGGCUGUCGCACGAGAACUCGGAGCUAGAGAAGAAGACGCUGCUGCAGAACCAGGAGCUGGACAGACUUCGGCACUGUGAGAUGGGCCAGCAGACUAGCAAUGUGCUGCAGAUCGAGGUGCAGCGCCAGCGCGAGAAGAUCUCUCAUCUGGAGGCGACUGUAAGGCAAUUGAAGGAGGAGCGGAGUCCAGAAGAGCCAGUGGAGCGGGAAGAGGUUGAUGCGGUGGUUGAGAAGGUGGUAGAGCCUCUGGAGAAUGGUGUGGUGGAGGUGGUGGACGUGCUGCCCACGGAAGAAGCCAUGCACAGACUGGAGGAGCGCUUCCGACGCACAAUGAACGACAUUGCGGACUUGACGGAGGAGAAGCAGCGCCUGGAGCACCUUGUGACGCAGUUGCAGGGUGAGACAGAGACGAUCGGUGAGUAUGUGACACUGUACCAGACCCAGAGGCAGUUGCUGAAGCAGCGAGAGAUCGAGAAGGACGUCCAGGUGCAGCGGAUUGCGGCGGAUCGCGAGGAGAUGAAGCAGAAGCUUAUGGAGCUCAAUGGCUUGGUGGAGUUGCUGUUGCGACAGAAGAAUAUAGACAUUCCCGCAGAGGUGAAGGGGGCGCUGAAUGGUGAUUCCCUGGCCACGGAUGAGGAGGAGAGGGAGAAGAGUUCCGAUGAUGGGCAGGAAGUGCCGAAAGUGCCACAGAUAACCAGUGAGGCAGAGUCAGGAGAGACAGCGGAGAGGAUUCUCUCCCUCCUGUCAGAGAUAAAGACCAACAAUCUGAACACCAGCAACCUCGUGGUGCCUCCGGGAGUUGUCCAUCAUUGCUCCUGCUGUUCCGGGAAGCUGAUAACUGUGUAGAAGGAUCGCCCAGACGCGCCUCGAUUAUUUAUUCGCUUAAAGCAAGUCAUUGUGUUGCGUAGGGUACCCAAAAUAAACGUGCUGUAUUUUUUAUCGCGAA